AUGACAAGCAAGUCAGCACCCGUGCACCUGGUCGAAGCACAAUGGAGGGAGCGUGCAGCGAAUUUUGGCCACAAGCGCUCUCACCGCGGAGGUCUACACACCUCUUCAGUCACGCUUGAUGGCUCCCGCAGCACGUCUUCUGGACGCUGGGAGACGCAUACACGCGAUGCUCCUGCUCGAAGGGGCUACGAUGUGCCGGAGCGGAAUGAGCGGCACACAGAAGGCACUGCCCUUUGGAACGACGCCAGCGCAAACCCCUCAUCGUCCCGCCCAUCCAUACCUGCCAGCGCUCAGAUCCGUCUGGCCAACGUGAAAAUAGACAAUGUGCCGCAUGGCGCAACGCCUCACGACAUCUAUCGCCUCUCUCCCAUUUCCCGUCACAUUACUGCCUUCCGUUUCCGUCUACGCUCCAAAGAUCUCUCGAAAGCAGGUCGAGUCUACCUCUCUUUUGAUCCCAGCACCAUCAGGAGUUGUGAACCUGCGUACCCGCUCGACGAGAAGGGAAAAGAGGUUUGGAAAGAGGCUAUCGGGAUGCGAGGAAGUGUGCUUGGACGUGCAAGGGAUGCGGCGGACAAGUGGGUCAAGGAGGUGAAUGGGAGUAUUCUAGCUGGACAGUUGCUCAAGGUGACACCGGUGAGUGGUACGCACAUGCUCUCUCCGCUCGUCUCGCUCCCACUUGAAUCUGACACGCUAUACGUCUUGCAGUUCUCUCUGCCGAUACCUCUACCUGUUAGCUCUUCUGCUCUGCUCUCCCGUCUGAUCCAAACAGAAUCGGGCAAGCUGGUGCAUUUGCAAGGCCUACCGGCUAAUCUGACAGCUUUGCAUCUGGAGAGGAUUCUCAAGAGCUAUGGGGGUCCUGGGGUGGGCGCGACGAGUGCUGCUGGCAGAUACGAGAUCAGGCAAGGCAAAAUCAAGAAUGUGUCGGGAGAGGUUGGUCCAGUAUGGAGAGAAUGUGGCGUGAUCAAAGUGAUGUGAGCAUGUGGAGCAUAUGUACCGAUCCUGCUUGCAUCGGGCGCUGAUCGACCUUUCUGUCUCUAUGAGCUGGUGUACAGACCAAAGGAGCAGUCCGAACCUCCUCGAGCGUCCUUCCUCAUCCGUUUACAGACUGUGCCCGAGGCAAAUCGAUUGGUGCACGAGUGGGAUGGAAGAGUGUGGGAGCACAAGCUAGGGGAAGUCAUUGAUACUGCUCCUCGCUUCACCGAUCCCUCACUCGCAACAUCCAAGACAUCCGGGGACAGGCACAGGACACUGGACUCCAGAGAAGACGAGAAGUUCAGGUCGGCGUUUCACAGAAAACAGAACCUCGUGGAACGGCGCAGACAGCGACUGGAAAGGAAUUUUGAGGAAUAUAUCGAGGCAGAAGAGGAAGAGGCGGGAGAGGAGGAGUGGGGAGAGGAUCAGGAGGAGGAAGCACUGUUGCGAGGCGAGUUGAGCGAGAAGAAGGAUGGGAGGUUGGAAAGGAGACUGAGACGGAACCAUACGAGGUUGCAGAGGAUGCAGCAUCUGCUCAUCCGUAACACCCACAUCGUCAAAGCCAAUGUCUUGUACUAG